AGCACCUUUCGCAGCUAAGCAAAGAGCACGGCGGAUCAUAAAUGUCAUGAUACGAAUUUUCAGCCUUUCCAGGCGGGCCUUCAAUGGCAAUAUACUGUUUCGCAAUGCCUCCGUCCACCAACUCCUAACCAGGAACACGCGACAAUAUGCCUCGAAGCUCAAAAAGUCAAAUGCCGUGUUGCCAGCGAGGCGACCAAAGUUGGCUAAGGCUUCAGAGGGAGCAUCUUCAUCGUCGCAAGGCGCAAUAACAGGCACAUUCGAGUAUCCUACCGCGCUACGAGUCUACUCCCGCUCCGCGCCACGUAUCGCCUUCCUGGGCGUUGUUCGGCUCGCGCCCUUCGUCCUAGUCGUGAUCUGGCUAUUCCAAGUCGGCGCAGAGGCUCUGUCAUCCCCCGAACCGCUCAAUUGGCCUUUGGUUCUUCAGGCCGGCGCGUCACUGCUGCCCAUUCUGCUUGUGACGCCCAUGACAUCUGGGUACGUCGCCCGUAUCCUCGUCCAGCUGCCGCCACAGGCGAGACUCAACAAGGAGAUGCUGAAGAAGUGGAUGUCUGACAUACCUGGUGACACAUUACUGGAGAUCAAGACGGUCAGGGCAAAUGGGUUUAGCUGGGCGACAGAUCAGUGUCUUCUGAAGGAUUUGAGGGCGAGAAAACCAACGUGGCUGAGGAAAGGGAACUUCGAGAGGCAUGUUGAUCCGUCUUUGGAUAAACGUAGGAGCUCGAAUAUAUGGACGAGGCUCUAUGCUCUGGCUUCUGAACCCCCGAGAAUUUUGAAUAUUGUCGCUGAGGAGGGGCUGAAAUCAAAGCUCGUAAAGGAACCAAAAAUCUGGCCCCUUAUCGAAGAGCAGAUCAAAAAGAGAAGUAAUAACUGAACUUCACGUAUAUUGAAAUGACGUGAAAAAAAAAUAUUACAGAAUGCGGCCAAAUCGGUCGCGAUCGUCUCUUGAGGGUAUUUUUGACGGGCUACCAAACAACUUUCGGAAGUAGUGACUAGUCCCAGUACUUGAUGAUGCCGUUUACAUCACCUGUAACCACCUUGCUCGUCUCCCUUGGAUGCCACGCACAGCUCACCACAGGCACUUGGCUUGCCUGGAUCUUGUGGAGCAUCUUGCAAGUCUUCCAGCUCCACCAGCACACAUAUCCACCGGUAUCACCGGACAUGACGAACUCACCAUCGGGACUGAUGGAGACAUCAAUAGCAUGGCCGGCAUUGUUAUGACCACGGAAACCCUUCUUUCGAUUCUGUCGGAAGCGUUCGGAAGAGGCGUACACGACGAUCUGGUUGUCGGACGAUUGCAUGGCGAUAAACUCCUUGGUGGGAUGAUGCACGGCGCGGGUGAGGGGGUACAUGUGCGGUUCGGCGAUGAAUUUGAUAGGAACAGG